AUUUCUUAAUAUAAGUUGUUAAUAGUAAUCCUUAGCAAAACAUAACUGUUCUGCAAUGAAAAAUUUAAAACUUUUGAUCAGCCAGUAAUAUUAAAGGUUUGUUUUAAACAAAAAAAUUAAUAAAAAAAAUGAAUAAUUAUUUAAUGGAUGUUGAUGUGACUAAAAUCGGAAGUCUUGAAGAUAUAAAGAAAGAACUUUUAAGUAGUCUUAAGGAAUUAAAUAUUAGAGGACUGAAAAUAAGUUAUCAAUGGUGUAUAGAUCUUUUAAAUUCAUUAGUAGUAGGAAAUGCAUCUAAACCAAAAAAUAAAAAAAAAAGUUUGAAAGUAUAUAAAAAAUAUGAUAGUGAAGCAUUUAAAAACUUGCAGUUAAACAGAAAUGAACUUAGAAGAAUGACAUUGUCUAAUGAUGAAGCAAGUAUUUACAUACACGCUUUAAGGUGUUUUGAACUUAAGGAAUACAAGAGAGCAUCACACUUAUUGAAAGACUGUAAAUCAAGUAUAUCUUCAUACUUAAAAUAUUAUUCAGAAUAUUUAGCAGCUGAUGGUACAAUAAAAAAUGUAGGAUGUGAAGCUACUCCGGCUAUGUUUGAUGAUUAUCUAAAUAAUUUAGAUGAAAUAAUAUCUAAUUUGAAAACUUCACAAGCUGAUUGUUUAAAAGAUGGAUAUUUUUUAUACCUAUUAGGAGUGGUAUAUGUAAAAUUAGAGAAGUAUGAUGAGGCAGUUGAAAUAUUAUUAGAUUCUAUUAGUAAAAAACCACUGAAUUGGCAUGCUUGGAUGCAACUUGGUGAUUUAAUUGUCGAUAGAGUUAAAUUGUCAAAACUUGAUUUACCAAACCAUUGGAUGAGAAAUUUUUUUUUUUGUCAAAAAUAUUUAGAUUUACAACUAAAUGAACAAAUGUUAGCGGUUGCUCAGUAUUUAUUCAACUGUGGUUUUACUGACAGUACAUUUCUUCUUUCUAGAGUGGCAGUUUGUUAUCAUAAUAAAAGAUAUGUUGAAACAGCAUUACAAAAAUUUCAUGAGCUAAUUGAGAUUGAACCAUAUCGAUUAGAAAAUAUGGAUACUUAUUCUAAUCUACUUUAUGUUCAACACCAAAGAGUUGAAUUGGCUUAUUUAGCUCAUAGAGCUGUUGUGAUUGAUAAAUAUCGAUUAGAGACUUGUUGUAUUCUUGGUAACUAUUACAGCCUUCAUUCAGAACAUCAAAAAGCAAUGCGUUUCUUUUUGCGUGCUUUGAAACUUAAUCCAUUGUGUUUAGCAGCCUGGACUCUACUCGGUCAAGAGUACAUGGAAUUGAAAAAUUCUAAUGAUGCGAUUCAAAGUUAUAGUAAAGCUUUAGAAAUCAAUAAAUAUGAGUAUAGAGCUUGGUACGGACUGGGUCAGACAUAUGAAAUCCUUGGUAUGUUUAAACAUAGUCUUUAUUAUUUUAAACAAGCACAAUUGUUAAGGCCAUUUGAUAGUCGGAUGAUAAUUGCUGUUGGAAAUGUGUAUGAAAAACUUGGAAACAUUGACAUGGCAUUUCAAAGUUAUUUAAAAGGACGCGCAAUGGGUGACGAUGAGAAACUUGGACUUAUAUGUCUAGCAAAGUUGUAUGUACAGAUUAAAAGACCUGAUGAUGCAGCUAAAAUGUUUUUAGAGUACAUUGAUGAAUAUGCAUUAGAUGAACAAACUAGAGACCAUAGUUCUGCUUUUAUGUUUCUUGCUAACUACUAUUUAAGUCAAACAGAUUAUGAAUCUGCAAUACAUUAUGCACAGAAAUGUUUAAACUAUGCUGAAACUAAAGAAGAAGCAAAAGCAUUACUUAAAACUAUCAUGCACGAGAGAGUUCAUAUGGAUGUCGAUCAUACAAUAUCUGUAUCUAUGUGUAAUAAACAAUCAAAUAUUUUAGAUUAUGAUAAAGAAAUCCCAAGAAAAUUGCAAAUGUUAUCUUUAUCCCAAACUAAUGAUAAGGUAGAAGAAAAUGUGGAAGAUGAGGAUGUGAAUGAUGAAGAAGAUGAAGAAUUUAUAUGCAAUAAAGCUACUUUGUUUGUUGAUUAGUAAAAAGAUGAGGUGUAUAGUAAAACUCAAUAUUCAUACAUCUACACCAUAAGAUUUCAGUUUUUCUCUGAUUUGAUUAUGUACAUUAAUGUCAUUUGAAAACUCUUUGUGAGAAAACUGCAAGAAAAAGUCAUUAAUAACUAAGUCCUUCAA